AUGGGAGAAGCUCAACAACUGCCACCAGGACGGAGAGUUGAAGUUCAGUCGACAGAAGAUGUAAACAUUGACCCUAAAACUUCUUCCUUCCAAUGGCUUAGACGAUAUAGAUGGUGGCUUCAGAUGGCCAUCUAUACGCUAUUUGUCCUUGGGGGGCAGUCAACUGGCACACUCUUGGGUAGACUGUAUUACGACAAUGGCGGAAAAAGCAAUUGGAUGGCUACAUUAGUGCAAUGUGCAGGAUUUCCAGUUCUCAUCCCAUUUCUGUUCACCUCCAAUUCUAAAAAUCCAAAUGCAGAAUUUGUUACGAAGAAGCCUUCUAUAUUGAUUCUUGCUUCAAUUUAUGUUUCACUUGGAAUUUUUCUAGCAGCAGAUUGUGUGACUUACUCAAUUGGGCUGCAAUACAUUCCAGUUACAACACAUACGCUAAUUGUUGCUACUCAUUUGGGAUUCAAUGCCCUUUUCUCUUAUUUCCUCAAUGGACAGAAGUUUACUCCUUAUAUUCUCAACUCUUUAGUCCUCCUCACCAUUUCGUCGACACUUCUUGUAUUCCGAAAGGACUCUGGAGACUCAAACAAAACCUCGAAAGCAAAGUAUGCAUUAGGCUUCAUAUGCACCAUUGUUGCAGCUGCUUGUUAUGCCUUAAUUCUCUCGCUAACGCAGCUGUCCUUUCAGAAGAUCAUCAAACAAGAAACUCUAAAAGCUAUACUAAAUAUGUCGAUCUAUCAGAAUCUAGUUGCAUCACUCGUCAUUCUAAUAGGGCUUUUCGCAAGUGGAGACUGGAAGAAUUUGAACGAAGAAAUGGUCACGUUUAAAACCGGGAAAGUAUCCUAUGUUAUGAACUUGUUUUGGACAUCAGUUGCUUGGCAAGCUUUCGCUGUUGGUUCAAUAGGGUUGAUAUUCAAGGUUUCUUCAUUGUUCGCGGGUAUAAUUAGCAUAUUAGGUCUGCCUAUUGCUCCGGUUCUUGCCGUGAUUUUUCUCCAUGACAACAUGACUGGAUUAAAGGCCAUAGCUAUGGUGUUGGCUAUGUGGGGUUUUGUGUCUUAUAUGUAUCAACAUUAUCUUGAUGAUUUGAAGACAAAGACCAAAAGGACUGAGGACGAAAUUUCAGUCACUGAAAGAGGUUAA